AUGAGCGAUAUGAUGGAAGAUGAUUUGGAAUUUCGUGGAGGCACACUGCAGUUAUCAGCAGACAACAGCAUUGCGGGGAGUUCUGAAAACAGAACCCGGGCUACACAAAAUCAAGUUAAAACCCCGAUAAACGCCAACCCUUCGGUUUUAUCUGGUGCGGACUCCUUAUCUUCAUCUGCAUCGUCAUUUGCAGAUGCUAGACAGGAUCAGAGCACUUCAAAUGGGGCAGCGCAGCAACCGAGUACUGUUUAUCCAAGAUAUGAUGUCCCAUUUGACCAAGACAAUAUCAAAGACUUCUUUACAUUCCGGAAGGGUGUUGUUGAAAAUGCUAUACAGGAGUGCAUUACUGCCCUCUUGUUUCCCGAGGACGGUGAAUAUUUGGGGUCGUGGCUGUUGACAGAAAUAACACUUUGGGACAAUGAAAAGGAAAGGAUAGUCUUAUUAACGUCAAGACUAGUGAUGACUAUAAAGUAUGAUUUUAUAGCUAUGAAACAAUUGGACUUCAGGAAGACGUACCUAGAUGAUCUUGAUACUGUGGUCAUUGGAGAAUUGGUGUAUCCACCAUCGUCACUGGUUCCUCGCCUUAACGGUAUUGCUACCGGCGUGACGACGGUAGUAAAAGACUGCGUUAUAGACCGCCUUUGCCGCAGACCCAGCACCACAGAUGACAACACUAAACCGUUUGAUCCCAAAUACUUUGAACCUAGAGAACGCAACCUUCGUGGUGUUCGCAUGAUGUGGAAUAAAGGAGAGCCUUUACCAUUGAAAACCGUGUGGAAUCCAUUCAGCCAAGAGGUUCCCUUUAUCACUUUUGCCUCACAUCCAAUCUAUUGGCAUAGAGAUGGCACAGCAGAAGAGAGAUCUACAUUCGACAUGGAGAAGUUCGCGCAGAAGCUUCAAAGAGCGAUCGAGAACAUUCCCGGUACCGCGUGUUGUAUCCACCACUCGCCCAUAGUUAUUCAGUCCUAUCUCGGCCUCACGUCGCUGUUCCAUAACAAGACCAGCAUGGGAUUCUUCAAAGUGCGAGGGAAGUUCAGCUUUUAA